AUCGGCGACUUUAGCUGCACGAACUCGGCUCAUCUAUAAUUUACCAGCCGCGGUCAGUGAGCCUGACAGUCGGUCUGUAAGCCGGGCUGUGAGCACGAUCCCCCCCGCGACGCGCAGGGUUUCCGCAGCGCGUCAGCAGCCGCCUCCUGGAGCCCGGAGACCCGCCGAUGUCGCAGGAGACGCGUGGACACUGUCCCGGGUGAUUGGAUCAGGUGGACACAGCCUUCCAUUGGCUGCAACACCAGUGAGGCAGCUCCGUGCGCACUGGAGAGUCCUCGAUCCAAUUGUUGGAACCAGCGAGGGGAGCCCCGGCCUUAACCACUGCAGGAGGAGCAGUAGAGACCGAGGGAGAGAGAGAGACAGAGAGAGAGAGAGCACCACAGGAGCAGCAGCAGUGAGGAGGAGGAGGAGGAGGAGGAGGAGGAGGAGGAGGAGGAGGAGGAGGAGCAGCAGCCUGCGCAGUUCAGAGAGGAAGCACUGGGCUCCGGCGCCGAGCGGCAUGACGGACUUCAGCCAAACUGCGCACUGACUCCGCAGGAUGCACCGCUGCAGCCGGUAAACACGCACAACUGCGGGAAUCCGACGCAAGAACUAAUCCCGACCAAAGCUGCGACAUCUCCACCCCCCACCCCCUGCUGAGCGCCGUGGCCUUGCCGCGGACAUGGGACAUGUAAACAGUAGCCGGGCUGGAUUUUAAACUACACGCACACAUCCCACGUCCUCCCCCCGCCCCCUCCAUCUCCUCCCGGGCCGUCCCGAGAUGGAGUCGGAGACGCGGGUCGAGCCUCCGCAGCAGCAGCAGCAGCAGGAGGCUGCAGCCGCGGAGCCGCCCAUGCACAGCGUCCACGGGACCAACCGGAUCCGGCCGUCCUCGUACCGGGCCCUGCGCAGCGCCGUGUCCAGCCUGGCCCGCAUCGACGACUUCAGCUGCGAGAAGAUCGGAGCGGGCUUCUUCUCCGAGGUGUUCAAGGUGCAGCACCGUGUGUCGGGUCAGGUGAUGGCCCUGAAGAUGAACAUCCUGGCCAGCAACAGAGCCAACAUGCUCAGGGAGGUGCAGCUCAUGAACCGACUGUCCCACCCCAACAUACUCAGGUUUAUCGGAGUGUGUGUGCACGAGGGGCAGCUCCACGCUCUCACUGAGUUCAUCAACGGGGGGAACCUGGAGCAGCUGCUGGGCAGCAACGUGUACCUGUCGUGGAGCGUGCGCCUCAGCCUGGCUCUGGACAUCGCCCGCGGGCUGCAGUAUCUGCACAGCAAGGGCAUCUUCCACAGGGACCUCACCUCCAAGAACUGCCUGGUGCGCUGGGAGAGCGGCGUGUGCUCGGCCGUGGUGGGAGACUUUGGCCUGGCGGAGAAAAUCCCAGAUUACAGUGAGGAUGAAGACCAGGAGCCCCUGGCUGUCGUCGGCUCCCCCUACUGGAUGGCCCCCGAGGUUCUCCGAGGAGAAGUGUACAAUGAGAAGGUGGACGUGUUUGCGUUCGGGAUCAUCCUGUGUGAGGUCAUCGCAAGGAUACAGGCCGACCCUGACAUCCUGCCACGCGCCGAGGACUUUGGUCUGGACGUUGAGGCCUUUCAGCAGAUGGUGGGCGACUGUCCCUCAGAUUUCCUCGAACUGGCCGUAACCUGCUGUAAUAUGUCUUCAAAGCUCCGUCCGUCCUUUUCCCAAAUCGUGGAGGAGCUGGAGAGGAGGCAGGCGGAGAGGAAGCAGAAGGACGAGGUCAAACCCGUCUCUCCAGCCGUCGGGCCCCUGCGGAGUUCCCUCUCCCGCCCGUCGGACCCUCGACUCUCCCGCAGCAAGUCAGACAUGCUCCACCCCCCGGACACGCCCCCCUCCGUCCACCUUGCGCCCCCCGCUCGCGUCAACCCCUUCUCUCAGAGGGAGGACCUGAACGGCGGCAAGAUCAAGCUCUUCGACACGCCCAGCAAGUCGGUCAUCUCCCUGACCUUCACGCUGCCCCCCCCGCCGGACUGCGACGACCCCUCGGCCUCCGAGGCGGACGGCGUCAACCUGCACAGGAGGCACCGGCGCUGCCACUCGCUGCCGUGCACGCCACCCCCCCACAUCACGUCGGCGCCGAACACCGUCCUCACCGAGGAGGAGUCCCCGUCCGAGAGGAGAGGGGAAAUAAACCGACAGAGCUACAAAGACGCGCUGCUGGAGGGGAAGGAGGCGGGGGAGCAGAGCAGCGAGACGCAGCUGGCAGGAGACUCGGGGCUUCCUCUGUCUCUCGAGCCGCUGUCCCUCGACCAGGAGGACGAGGAGAAAGAAGAAGAAGAGGAGGAGGAGGAAGAGGAGGAGCCCAUGGACUGCACCAGCUCUCCGGACACGCAAGACGAAAGCACUUCCUCUCCUUACUCCAAUCCCUCGCCUCCUCCCUCACACUCCUCCACUCCACUCCAGCCCUCCACCCCUCCCUUCUCUAACGGCUGGGGGUCCGCCAUCUCCAACGGGCCCCCGUGCCUGCCCCCCCUCUCCUGUUUGGACAACAACAAUGUGGUCGUCAGCCGGCCGCUGGGGUGGAGCACCUCCACCCCGAACGCCGCCGCCACCACCACCACCAACAACAACGGCUACCACUCACCCGGAGACCCGGCCGGCUCGUCCCCCUUCAGCAGCGGCCACUCCCUGGACCAGGAGGAGGUGGUCUCCUGUCCCGGCUGCUGCCUCGCCGGCCUCCGCUUCCCCUCGCUGUGUCUCCGAGCUCCGCCCCGCAGGAACCCCUACAAGAACCUGAACGGGGACCAUGCGGCCUCUCGGGGGCUGCUCAGUCCGGGACCCAAGGGCCUGCCGCCCUCCCCUAACCCCACGACCACCACCACCACCAACACCAGCCUGGAGCCGGGCCUCGCCUUGCCGGGGGCGCAGACAUAAGCCCCGGCUCCUCCACACCAAACACACGGGUGGAGACUCUGCACCGAAAGAUCUUCCCUGGAAACGAAGUGGCUCUUCUUUGAAUUUGCACAGAUUUGAACACAGCAAUACUCUGCUUCUCCUCCAGACUCACUGUGCGGUGCAGAGCGUCCACCUCCUCCAGACCUGGAGAGGGGUGGUGGUGGUGGUGGUGGGACUGGGAGCAUGUUCUCUCUUUGACUUUCUCUUGUGUGUGUCGCCCUCUGCUGGGCUGAGGGCGUCGGCUGUGCCUGCGUGGAUGAGACCGACGAGCCGAUCCGCAUGUGGACACUCGGGGGGGCGGUCGAUUCAGAUCCUGUGUAUUUGCAGAUGUCAAGAUUCUUAUGACUGAUGAUGAUGAUGAUGCUGGAAUGAGGAAUGUUAAGCUUAGUAUUAUUACUGUUGCAAUGAUUUGUUGAUGUUUGGUGCUGUUUCUGAAUGAACAGGCAGUUUUUGCUUUUGUGUCUUUAAUUAUCAAGGUGUAUAGUGCACUGCUGAGAGAUAUAUAUAUAUAUAUAUAUAUGUGUGUGUGUGUGUGUUUGAAAGUGUGUGUGUGAGUGAGAGAGCUGUACACCGACUCUUUUGGUUUCUGUAUGAUCUGUGUCCUCCCUCCUGGUGAAGCACUUCAUCUGUAUUACUGUUGUUAAAAAGGAAGCUGUUGAUGUUAUUAUUACUUUUGGGAAUGAACGGUCGAAGACCUGCUUAAGAGAUGUACAGAUUCUUAUUAUUUAAACAUGGCAUUGAAAUAAAAAGAUAGAAUGCA